AUGCUCAAAGUUCAUGAAUUCUUUUCAGUGGCCAUUUAAUUAGCCUACAAUUCUGCAAAAAUUAUCAAUUCAGUCAGAUUGUCUAAGGAUAUUGGUCAAAAAUGGAAAGGGGUUGAUGAUCCUGUCACCAUAGCUGAUAUUUAAGCACAAACAUACAUAGUUUAAUAAUUGCAUAGACAUUGGCCAAAGUUAACAAUAAUUGGAGAGGAAUCCAUUUCAUAUUCUCAACCCAUUGAUUUGCCUGAUACUCAACUCUAAUUGUAUGAUGAGGAUAUUUUCAAUAAAACACAUGACAAUCAUCUGAUCAGAACCCAGUAUGAAAUUGAUGAUCUCUGUGUUUGGGUUGAUCCUCUGGAUGGCACAUUGGAUUUUGUCAAAGGCGAUUAUGAAAAUGUUACAACAUUGAUUGGUGUUUCCUAUAAAAAAUAAGCCUUAAUGGGAAUAAUCUCACAGCCUUUUAUUAAAGUGCAAGAACCUCAAAACUCUCAUGAAUUCAAACCCAAAAUCUACUUUGGUCAUCAUCCACAAUAAAGAGUGUUCUACACAAGUGAUUGCUCCUCCAAAAUUCCAUAAGAGUUGAAGAAACCACAAUUUGAUCCAUCGAAUGUGAGAUUGUGCACUCAAAGGAACAGAUUGAGCAAUUAGGAAUUGCAGAAGAUCAAAUCUUUGGGUUGCUAAUUGUAUCAGAUGGGAGGAUCAGGCAAGAAGAGUCUUACAGUUCUGGAGGGUGAAACUGACAUGUUUAUUUGUUUGGGCGUAGGAAUGAGUAAAUGGGAUAUUUGUGCUCCUGAAGCUUUGUUUAAGACAUUUGGUGGAGAUUUCGUUGGAUUGGCUGGUUAACAUUAUGAAUACAAUCCCAAAGAUAAAUCCUUUGACAAUCCUUAUGGAAAUCUAUCAAGCAUCCAUUCAGAAUUGUUACAAAAAUACUUACCUAAAACUUAUGGGAUGUUGUGA